GGGCACCUUUCACCAGUGACAACAUGAAAUGGAAAAAUAAGGAGCCAAAACAGUCGAUCUCUAGUGUUACGUCGAUGUCAUUCUUAUCAGACGAAAACCUCACCUUUCACCGUUUCUCCGAUGGAACCAUCUCGUUCACAUCUGAGCGUAAAAAAUCGAUGCAAAACGUACUAGACGGUGGAGGAGGCGGUGCACCCAUGAUGACCAUGAUCAACGGUUCCAACCCAAAACAGACUGUUCCAGCUUCGGCGGCCAUCGGAGCCGGCGAUAACCACCGCACCAUGAACGGCGCAGGAGGACAAACUCACACUAUCGAGCGGACGCGAAAACACUCCUACACACAGGCAACGACGGGAUCGUCCCCGAUCUGGACGACAAAUGCAUCCUUCAACAACUACACCACCAACACCAUCACCAACAGCAACCGACGGCAUGCAGGCCGCCCGCAUAGCAUUGCACCCGGUGGCGAAGCUACCGAUGGCGAAGGCGGUGGCUCCACAACGACAGCCGGCAUUCCGACGCUGGGCGAUCUGCGCUACCUAUCCUCGCCCUCGACGAAUCCGAACAACUCGAGCGUGAUUCAGAACGGGUCUACCGUGAAGCUCAUCUCUACCAAAGUCAGCGCCAACACCGUUGCACCAAGCGAUGAUCAGUCAAACAAGCAGUCAAGAUCAUCUAUAUUCCGCGGUGUGAUACUAUGUCUCUGCUUGAACCUUACCUUCGCCAACGUGGUCCGGUUCCCGCGGGAACUGCAGCUGCAUGGAUCUGCCUUCCUAGUACCUUACGUUAUACUGCUCCUUCUAGUCGGCCUCCCGGUGGUACUGCUCGAAAUAUCGCUGGGCCAGUUUCUCGGCCAAGGUUCGGCACACAUGUGGCGGGCAGCUCCCUUUCUGAAGGGUGCCAGUUUGGUGGGACGUAUUGCUUCGUGGCUGGCGGCGAUAUGGACAUCGAUGCAAUCCGUGAUUGCACUGCUCUACAUCGGAAUGCUAGCAUUCAAAUCUGUGCCAUUGCGGGAGUGCUCGAAAUCGGUUACGAUCAACCCGCAAGCCAUUUAUAAUGGAUACGACGUACAGCAAAGCAGUGGACAGGAAUGUUUGAAAUUAACAUUUCUCCGUCCAGUGUGGAGAAGCUCGCUGUACUUUGGUUUGCUGGCGUUGAGUCUGAUACUGCUGUGGGUCAUAUCGAUGGUGUGUACGCACAGCGGGAAAAUCAAUCGCCGAUCGAUUUACCUGUUCGGCUUUGUAGCGCUCGUAGUGCUGAUCUUCGAAACCGGCUGGGAAGUGACGAAAGCGAUCAACGAGCAAUACUUCCCCGAUCUGUGGCCCUUCCAUCCGGAAUCGUUUGCAGACAGCACGGUGUGGUUUAAUGCGCUGGUGCAGGUGAUCUACUCGCUGAACAUUGGUUUCGGAGCGGUCCCGGUACUGACGGGCAAGUUCCUCUACAAAGGGGAUGCGAUUAAGACCUCAUUCGUGUACAUGUUCUUCAACAUACUCAUAACGGCGAUCGCAGUGUUGUUCUACGUGUUUCAAUUCAACAACAGCUUCACCGAGUCACAUCCCUUUUAUCCGGAGCUGAGCACCCUUACCGUGAUAUACGAUCGAGCAAUCAGCGUACAGGAGUCGGACCCAACGCUCCAGCGGCUUAUACCAGCGCUGUCCUACACGAUGAUCUUCAUUUCGUCGUUAGUAUCGAUCGUCAUCUACAUUUACACUUCGACCCGGAUCAUCCGGAAGCAUCCGAACUACACGGUGUGUCUGGCGGGUUUGGUGGUUGCUAUUGCCGGUCUGCUCUGUCCCAACUACAUCUUCCCGCGCAUCCUUGAUACCCGCAUCGUAGGUUCGCUGGCCGUGUGUGCAAUGAUAUUUGAGAUUAUCCUCAUCAUCUGGGUGUAUGGAUCGAAGAAUCUGUACACCGAUCUCGAGUUCUCGCUUGGCCGGCCGGUGCUGAAGGCGUGGCUGUUUAUCUGGGGCUUCAUUCCGGUGCUGCUGAUGGCGCUGCUUUGCUGGUGGUCGAUCACGUACUAUGACAGUGAUCUGCUGAUCGACUACUUCCCCAAGUGGUUACCGGUUGUGUUUAGUUUGACGGUGAUUGUGCUGCUGGCUUGUGUCGAAAUCAGUAAGCAGGUUGACUACAACGUAUUCAGCAUGAUACAUGGGGCAACUAAACCGUCAAAGGAUUGGGGUCCAGCCGAUCCACUGGUACGUCACGCCUGGAAGCAGUGGAAAUCCGUCUGCGAAGAUACGGGCGAGCGUGACUUUACGCUGCGACGACGUGGCACUAAAGACUACACCAACUCGAUCAAAAAGGGCCAGUACACGCACUCGCAUAAGUACGGUGCAUCCUCAAACCGUAACCUCUCGACGGCGGGAAGCAAUUCGCCAAACUACAGUGGAUCCGUGUUUGGUGAUUCGGCCAUCGAAGAAGACAUGAGUGUGGAAAAGUAUCCGCACUACAACAAACACUCCUCCCAGCAGCAGCAGCACACGACGGGAGUUCAUGGGGCUUACGGUUUGGAUACACCACCCCCGUUACCACCGCUUCCACUUACAGAAACUACCGACGACAGUUCGCCACGCAUUUCGGCCAGCUCGCGAAAGUCUUCCCGUGCGACGGAUCACACCAAGCGCACGCCAAGCGAACGAAGCCAAGCGGAUCUGUUGCCCAAUUUGCGCAAAACGUCCGACAACAGCUUCGGAUCGCGUAUCGACAUUAUGCCCACGGACGACGAAGUAACGACCGCGUUCGGGCGCAGUACCGCCAUCGUGCGCAAUCCGCUUGCUAAAGGAGGUCACCAAAAUCAUCAGAAUCUAGCCGCAGCACGGCACUAUCACCAUCACCAUCAUCUAAGCUCAGCACCGAACGGCAACGGUAUGGUGCCGGUUCACAGUAGUAGUGCCAAACAGAAUGCCGUAUCCUACCAUCAGGAUGGUGGUGGACCGGCACCGAGAAGCAACGGUACGUCCACCGAUAAUGACCGACUGCCGGGAUACAAUCGGGACAUUUUCAUCAGCAAUGGGCACGCACCGACCGGUGGUGGCGAUCAUAUCUGUUGGCGGAAGUUUUCGAUCAAUUCGGAAGAAUACUCGACGGAGCUGUAAAAGGG